AUGAGUGUACAUAAUCGGGUGGGGGCACGUCUUCGCCCUGUUUAUUCAGAGUCGCGCGAAUUGAGCGGCACAGAGCAGUCUGAGGCCAAUGCUACACAUGUCGCCGGCCCCGAUCCAGCCAGAUCUGUCGGGGUUGACCAUCUACGCCAAAUGUUCAAGGACUCUAAAGAUUUCGACAAGCUGGUGUCGGAAGUGACUCAAAAUAGCCAGGAAUGA